AAACCUCCCUUUUGAUUCCAGUUUUCCUUCUCCUCCUAGCUCUUUAUUCUUCUUCUUCUUCUUCUUUGUUUGGUGUGUGCGUUCUGUAUCAAAUGUUUAUCGGCCAUGACUAACAUUCCAAGGUCACUUAGAUACUCUUCGCUAACCCUAUACAGGAAAGCAAUCGUAGCAGAGCCCUGGCCGUUCUCCUGCGUUUUCUCGUGAAAAUUGGAAUUAGGUAGCUUUUUCUUUGCUUGUUGUUUUUUUUUUCAGGGGAAACCGAGAUGGGUAGCGGCGGCGGAGAGAGGAGUUCAUCGAGGAACUUCCAUCUGCAUCUGUCGCUCAAGAAACAACAGCAAGUGAUCAGAGAUGUCCCAAAGGGGUGUUUGGCAAUAAAAGUAGGACAGGGAGAGGAACAGCAGAGAUUUGUGGUGCCUGUGAUUUACUUUAAUCACCCGCUCUUCAUGCAGUUGUUGAAGGAGGCGGAGGAGGAGUAUGGGUUUGAUCAGAAAGGGACGAUCACAAUUCCUUGCCAUGUUGAGGAAUUUAGGUAUGUUCAGGGAAUGAUUGAUAGGGAGCAGUCCUUUCAUCAUCAGAAUCAACAUCAUAUUGGGUGUUUUAGGGUUUAAUUAGAGGCGGCUAGCUGUGGUGCCAAACAAGGCCUAAACUUCCCUGAAAAAAAUGAUUGCUUUCUGGGUUUUGUAAAUUCCCUUUUUAGGUUCGUUCUUGUUGUGGGUGAGUGAUGAUGACGAAGAAGAUGGUGCGACAAUAACGACAAAUGUUCUUAGAGAUUUUGUUAUCUUUGUUUAAUGAAAAAUGACAAAACUAAUAUGCUUUUCAUUAA